AUGUUGUAUCCGCUGUUUUUCCCGUACGGCGAGGCCGGUUGGCAUAACGGGAUGUUGCAAGCGGGCAACCGACGAAACAAUGUCCGCAAUCGCAACAGUAUCAGAGAGUUUGCGUGCUACCGUUUGGCUGUUAGAUAUCAGGGAAAUAACGACCAAAGGCAUGAACUGUUUAGUUUAUUACAUCAGGGUCGGUUCUUGUUGCAGAUGUAUGUGUGCGACCAGUAUGUUCGAAUGGAGUCGAAUAAUCUGAACUACAUACGUUUGCACCAGAGGGAUCUCCUCGCCGAAGCGUAUCAAGGGCUCAUGGACCAUGUGAACCAACAGCUCCACAUCGAUCCCAUGGCGGUCGGGCGUAGGAUCAUAUUGCCGUCGACGUUCACGGGUAGCGACCGAUUCAACAAGAUGAAUUAUCAAGACGCCAUCACCGUAGUGCGUACCAAAGGGAAACCCGACCUGUUCAUAACGUUUACGUGCAACCCCAGGUGGCCAGAGAUCACUGAAAACCUGGCUUCCCACAGCACGGCAAGCGACAGGCCGGACCUGGUGGCCAGAGUGUUCAACAGGAAGCUACAGGAGCUAAUAGGUGACAUAACUGUAAAUCGUGUGUUUGGUAAUGUCGGCGCUUACGUGUACACUAUCGAGUUUCAGAAACGUGGUCUGCCCCAUGCGCAUAUACUGAUAAUCCUGGCGGAGGACUGUAAGUUCCGCACGGCCGAGGACGUGGACGACGUGGUUUGCGCCUUCUUGCCGGACCCCGCAAUCGACAGGCGCUUACACGACUGCGUCAAGUCUCACAUGAUCCACGGGCCGUGUGGAACAGUCAAUCCACAGUGUCCGUGCAUGGUGGACAACAAAUGCUCCAAAGAUUUCCCGAAAGCGUACGCAGAGGAGACUGUGUACGUUGCGGACGGCGGAUAUCCAAAGUACCGCCGACCGGAUGACGGCCGGGUGGUACUUGUGAGAGGUCGUGAGGUUGGUAACGAGUGUGUAGUGCCAUACAACCCUUACCUUCUGGCCAAGUAUGACGCGCACAUCAACGUCGAGAUAUGCACGUCCAUAAAGAGUGUCAUGUAUAUCUACAAGUAUAUAUACAAGGGACACGACCGUGUGACGUUGGAAGUUCAGGACCAGGAUGAGAUUGCCAAUUACGUAAACUCAAGAUAUGUCAGCCCACCAGAAGGCAUCUGGCGGUUGUUUUCGUACAAAUUGCACGGCAAGAGUCACACGGUCGUCAGACUUCCUGUCCACCUGGAGGGUCGUCAGAACGUGUACUUUGCGCCGGGCCAAGCAGAAGAACGGCUACAGAACCAAGCUGUGCGUAGUACGAAACUCACGCAGUUCUUCGCGCUCAACACAACAGACGUGAAUGCUCGACAAUACUUGUACCAAGAAAUACCGACGCAUUACACCUGGCAGAUGCCACGUAAUCAAGAAAACGUACUCGUAAGAAAUGUCACCCAAUGGUUGCCGCGGCGGAUUCGGAUGGCAAACGUUACGUUGGCUCGGAUGUACAUAGUAAACCCACUGGACCGGGACCGUUUCCACCUGAGAUUGCUACUUCUGAACCGAAGAGGCCCGAAGUCCUUUCAAGACAUAAGGACGGUGGACGGGGUCGUUCACGAAACAUUCACGGCGGCUGCCGUUGCACUCGGAUUAUUGGAAGACGACCGAGCGUGGCGGGAUUGCUUGACGGAAUCGGCGACGUUGGACACACCGCGGCAGCUGCGGUAUCUGUUCGUCACUAUACUGGUGUUCUGCGAGCCCUCAAACCCGCUGGCGUUGUACGAGGCGAACGAAGCAAACAUGAUGGAGGACUUCAACCGCCGUCUCCAAGACGUCGACCGCGCGAGGGCCACGUGUCUGGCGGCCAUCGAGGAUCUACUUCGUGUACACCGGAAAUCGCCGGGCGACUACGGUCUGCCCCUCGCCGACCCCCGUCUACUGGAACCGCUGCAGGACGACGCGCUGUUCCGGGCAAUAGACGCGGCGGCACGGUGGGCCCCACAAGUAGACGCCUUGAACGCCGAACAGCGAACGGUCGGGAGGUGUUGUGCGUGGCGUUCACCGGUAUCGCCGCGUCGCUCAUGGACGGCGGCAUGA